AUCAAUUUAUCUUCCCGGUUUUCAGCGUUCGUGUGUGAAGUUUUUUUUGAACAUAAGUAGCAAAAUGUCGACAGCUACAGCUGAUAUGAUGACUUCGCCUUUGGAUGCGACAACAUUACCGAAUGUUGUUUUACCAAGUGCUGGGUUGCAACCUGGAGACAUUGCGGUUAUUGCUGUUUACUUUAUUUUCAUUCUCGCCGUCGGUUUGUGGGCAAUGUGCAGAACAGAUCGUAGCAACGUGAGUGGCUUCUUUUUGGCAGGAAGAAAUAUCACGUGGUUUCCGGUAGGAGCUUCCCUCUUCAGUAGCAACAUCGGUAGCGGACACUUUGUUGGUCUUGCUGGCACAGGAGCAGCGGCUGGCAUUGCAGUUGGUGCAUUCGAAUGGAACGCUAUGUUGACACUAUAUUUCCUUGGCUGGAUCUUCGCACCCAUCUAUAUUGCUGCAGGAGUGGUCACUAUGCCUGAGUAUCUUAAGAAACGAUUCGGUGGACAAAGAAUUCAAGUUUAUCUUUCCGUCCUUUCCCUUCUGCUGUAUAUUUUCACAAAAAUAUCGGCCGAUCUCUUUGCCGGUGCUAUUUUUAUCCAAGAAGCUUUGGGUUGGAAUCUCUAUCUCGCAAUGUUUAUUCUUCUCGCUAUUACAGCACUAUACACAGUAACUGGUGGUCUAGCGGCCGUUAUCUACACCGACACUGCCCAGACAUUCAUUAUGCUGGCAGGAGCUUUUGUGAUGAUGAUCUUAUCUUUCGUUCGCGUUGGCGGUUACGCAGCCUUACAAGAGAAAUACAUGAAAGCUAUUCCUUCUGUUCUAUCAAACAACUCGAACUGUGGAAUUCCAAGAGCUGACGCUUUCCAUGUGCUGAGAGAUCCGAUUAAAGGCGACCUACCGUGGCCAGGCCUUACUUUUGGUCUGACUAUCCUUGCGACCUGGUAUUGGUGCACUGACCAGGUUAUCGUGCAAAGAACAUUAGCAGCGAAGAACUUAUCCCAUGCAAAAGGAGGGUGUGUAGCUGCUGGUUUAAUGAAGAUAUUACCCAUGUAUAUGAUGGUAAUGGUGGGAAUGAUAAGCAGAGUUGUGUUUACAGAUGCAGUAGCUUGUGCAACACCAGAAGAAUGCAGGAAAUACUGUGGUACACCUGUAGGAUGCUCUAAUGUGGCUUAUCCCAAACUUGUGCUCGAAAUUAUGCCGACUGGACUGAGAGGACUUCUUCUCGCUGUAAUGAUGGCAGCUCUGAUGUCAUCACUGACGUCAGUAUUCAACAGCGCGUCAACUUUGUUCACAUGCGAUCUGUGGCAGAAGAUUCGGAAAAACGCAAGCGAAAGAGAACUUAUGAUAGUUGGAAGAGUGUUUAUUCUAAUCAUGGUUGGUAUCAGUGUAGCUUGGGUUCCAAUCGUCCAAGUUUCUGCCAACGGUCAAUUGUUUGAUUACAUUCAAUCUAUUACAAGUUACCUUGGACCCCCUAUUAUGGUUAUCUUUGUAAUGGCAAUUUUCUGGCCAAGACUUAAUGAACCGGGAGCAUUCUGGGCUCUUAUGUGCGGUCUAGCUGUUGGAGUAACUAGAAUGAUCAUGGAUUUUGUAUACGGUGCUCCUCUAUGUGGACAAGAUGAAUUCAGACCGGAAAUUCUAUACAAGGUUCAUUACCUUUACUUUGCCAUGAUACUUGCUACAAUCACAGCAAUAAUUGCAGUGGUUAUCUCACUCAUUACUCCAGCUAUACCCAAAGAAAAGUUAAUUCGACUGACGUGGUAUACACGGAACAGCAAGGAACCACGCUUAGAAAUGGAAGAACUAAAUGAAGAAAGUAAAUUAGAGCCAACUCUCUCAAUGGAAACUGGAUUCAGUAACAAAGCUGUCACUGGAGACGACGGAGAAGUUGUACAUAACGGUGACAACGCUGAAGAAGAACCAGCACCGAAAACUGAAGCUGUUCAAACCCCCAGCUCACAGAAGUGGUAUCGCAAAGCUUUCGAUAUUUUCUGUGGAUUGGACAAAUCUCAAAGCCAAGAACCGAACAUACCACCCCCAGCUUUCUACAGUAUUGAAGAGGAACCAUUGUCCAGAAACAUCGUUAACUUUCUGGGCUUGCUUAUGUUAUGUACCAUGACCUUUCUGUUCGGUUAUUACGCUUGAACUAGUUGCCAAUACUAAUUAGGGUUUAAAAAAAACGUCUCUGGGUUUAUGCAUUCGACCUUCGGCGAAUGUGUGAUAUAGUACUGUAGGGUGGAAACAGUUCGCAUUUAAUAUCCCAUUUUUUUAUCUAGUUUUUAACCAAAAAACGCUUUAGAAAAAAUCGUGAUGCAAAUAUAAAAUACUGUAAAUACUCUGUUUACUACCAAAUGUGACAUUAAAGGGGAAUGAAACAUGCGUCAUCUUACUCCAAACUACUAUACCACUAUGUGCUAAAUAUGAUCCACAACUCAGUACUUUAACUAUAUUCGCUACAUUCAUAUAUUUAACAUUGCAUUGUGGAUUGAAAUUUAUAAUCACUUUAAAACGUCAGCGCUGUAAUUCAAAAUUGACAUUAAGCUUUAUUGUGCUCUUUUUAACAAUGUUUAAUUAAUUGCUUGCUUCUAAAUGCAUUAAAGACAUGAAUAAUUGAGUAAAUUGAGAUUCAAA